AUGUGUUGUGUUGCUGGCCGGUGGGAUCCUCCUGUCGGUGUGUUGGCUGUCUGAAGGUGCCCCUCUUCAAUACCCUCGCACAUCAGGUGAGACAGCUGACUGUAAGCUGAUACACAGCUAAGCGAUCGUCUGUUCACUCACUACAUCUCCUGUCUAUCUAGCUGCUGAGCUAGCAAGUGUUUCUGUUGAGUUGUGGCUGCUAAUCAGCAGCUAAAAGCUAACAACACAACAGUUUGGCUGCAUUUCCUGUUAACCACUGGAGACCGUUUCGGUGCACCUGGACUAACUACUAUUGUUUAUGUGACAACACAGUUAGCAGGAUGGCAAUUCCUUCUGUCUAUAUGGACUGGUGCACAUUUUAAUAAUGCUUAUAAUGUUAAGUAACAGCAUAUCAUCGUCACGACUUUGCUAACUGGUAACAGCAGUUAACUUUACAGUUUUCCUCAACCAGAACUCAGAAAAUACCUAACCUCGUCUAGUUUAUUUCAGAUUGAUAUUUAACUCAAAUGUGUCUGAGUUAAUAUAGUACAGCCUAUUGUAAGUGCAGUUUCAGACAUGUUAAUCUGUCAGUGAGGGUUGGUCCAGUCAUUGGCAUUUAAACCAAGUUUAUGGAACAAUAGACUGAAUGUUGGCCUACCAGCAUGGAAACACUGUUUCCUCAUCACAGGUUGUGUCACGGGUGGGAUCACUUUAUUAUUAUUGGAUGAAUUAAAGUGUACUCACGGAAGAAAAAAAGGUUUGCCAGUGUGAUAACACAUGUUGAUUCAGAGACCAGCAGGAAAUUGAAUGUAUGACUCAAUUUAAUUCAAUCUGUUUUAUUUGCGGUUUUGUAAUUGAUGUAAUUGACCAAUAAAAAACUAAUUCAUGACAAUUUUGAUUUAUACGGAAACAUUUGGUUACAUCACAUCAGAUAUUAGUACUGAUUUGGUUCCCACAUUUUGAAUUGGUUGCUUUUAAACAUAUUGUCACGGUUUUCCAGACAAAAUUAGGAACUUUGAUUCCCUGAGAAAUGGUACAGUAAAUAAAGUAGAUGAAUCAAACCACAAAAAUGAUCACUUGUUGCAACCUUGUGUUGCGGAUGCCAUAUACACUCACUGAGAGACACGGUACUGGUUUCAGCAUUUCACUCUUUUUGCAGCUUAUCAAAGCAAGAUGCUCAGUCAGUCAACGUGCUUCCUCAUGAGAAAUGAAUGGAUGCAGACGUGAAUAUGCUGUAGUCAGGUCUUGGUCAUGUGUAACCAUAACACAUUCCAGUCUUAUCAGCUCCAGUCAAUGAUUAGCAACAGUGUUGUUUGCUAAUUAUGUUACAGCUUGCAGGAAAGGUUAUGCUGCAAUUACAUGCACAUGUCUUUUAUGCUUUUAUUACAACCUGUUCUUUGCCCCAAAAUUUUCCAGUGUGUCCUGAUGUGAUGCAGUUAAACAUUUAGAUAACGUGUGGGUGAGAUCCCACUUAUAAGAACAAUAACUGGAAAGUCUCUUGCAAAGCUAGUCUUCAAGUGGCGUGUGCUGUGUUUACACACAUGAGUAAAGGUAGCGAGUUAAGCUUUAACAGAAGUGUCAAUGUUUCAACUGUAGUAACAGCCGUGUGAUGGACGCCCGUCCGGUCUGUUAGUCAAGGUGGACGCUUUGGCCAUAACCUUCCACUACAUCAGUGAUACCGUGAUAACCAACCCCGUCUGUAAGGGAUGCUGUUUCUACACACUGUGGACCAGUCUGUGAAGGGAUGUUUUUAUGGUUUUAACGGAAAUAUUACUAUUUUAUAACUGAAAAUGACAGAACACAAGCUUAUCCAAUAUGGAUUCCUUCGACGGCCAGCCACUAGUGCAUUUGAUCAAUGAGGCGUAGUGCUUCUGAUCAUAGCAGCCAGACAAUUCCUAGUAGAACCCAAACAUGCCAGCCAGACGAUUUGCCAUCCCUCAUCCUGUACAUAAACGGAAAGUUCGGACAUGCACUUGUGCACACUGGUGGGUGAAAUUUGCAAAAAUAAAAAUGGGUCAGCUCCUGCUUUUGCGUGAAUGCCUCCUGAAAUAUGCAGUGGAACUGAAAUGAGACCUGGCAGCUCCCUGCCGUAUUGGUCCAAAAGAAAACACCAGUUGAGUCAUUUGGUGGGUCCUGCCAAGUCAUAAUAUGAACCCAUGACUCAGAUAAGGCCUAACCGAGGAGAACUGAUCCCAUGUAGCGCUGCCGUGACCCGGCUACUGUGUUGUUUUUCUUCUCUCUGACUGCUGCUGCAGCCUCUCCGGGUGUCGUGCACCGCCUGGAACCCCGCUGCUCGGCUGAAACAGACAGGGUUGAAAAAAAAAAAAAAGGCUGCCUGCAAUUCUAGCCAAUAUUUCUCACAGGGUUGUUGUGAAGUUCAGCUUUAUUUUAAGCCAAUUGGAAUACUCUCUGAAUGAUCGCUUCUUGCUAGUGACUGAUGAUCGCGUUGUUUGCUAUAAUUCUAGAUGGAGGUAGUGUUUUGUGAAAAAUAGGCAGCGUGACGUAUUUUGGAUCGGAUUUAAACAGGGCUGUACAUUUUCUGUUCAUCAUUAGCUCUCUCUUGGACUCAUAAUUUUGGAAAAUCUUGCCUGUCUAGAAUUAUGAAAUGUGCAUUUCACAAAAGGAUGGUCUCAGACUACAUGGUAUGAGUUUAAUAAUAGCUUGAUCUGAUGGAUGUGUGGUUUUAGAAGAGAAAAAUCUUCUUCUUUUAAAUCCUUCUUCUUCAUGGCAUAGUGGAAGACCCCAGUCAGGGGUUUCCCUCUCUGUUGCGUGACAUGGCAACAGUACAGUCAUGCAUGCAUGCAGUAGACGUCGUUUCAUGUUAGAAAUGUUUACGUUGGUUUGAUGUAGAGCAUGUGUGGCUCUGUAACCCACCAGUUUCAACUAACAGCUGUCCAAAAUAGAGAUGAAGAAGGGACACCGUAGUGUCUUUGGCCUUUGUUCACCUGUUAUGACUUUGUUUCUUCUUACUGCUCCCUGCAUGUAUUUGCCUCUUCUUGUGUUGUUGAUGUGUCGUUUGUUGUAAAACGUUGUGCAGUCUGUGGUUUGGAUUCAUGCAUGUUCAGCAGAUUUCAGUGGUUUGGGCAGCGUCGACUAGCAGUUCUCCACCUGUGCCUUCCUCUUACAACUGUAGCUCAGAGGAAUGUAGUACAACCGUCAGCAGCCCAUAUACGACUUAACAAGAGCCUCCGCAUGUCGAAGAUAAAGGACAAGAUGGGGAACACUUUCAUUUAACAGUUGUGGAAGCACGGGGGCCACGCUGCCCGUCUCGCUCUCCCUGUCCCUGGUGGUAUCGCUGACGGCUCUUCUGGCCUUGGCGGUGUUGCUCGUGAACUGUGUGACCUGCUGCAAGGAGCGGGAGAUCAACUUCAAGGAGUUUGAGGACCACUUUGACGAUGAGAUUGACUUCACUCCCCCGGCAGAGGACACACCUUCUAUGCAGUCCCCCGCCGAGGUGUACACCCUCGCCGUGUCCCCUGUGGCCCUGCCGGGACCCCCGCACCUCCAGCCUCCUGCCCGUAUCACAGAGGGGUCCACAGGCUUCCAGGUAGCACGUCACAAUCUCAGUUAUAUCCAAGAGAUUGGCAACGGCUGGUUUGGACAGGUCCUUCUCAGUGAGAUCUACACUGAUCCAGGAGGAGCCAGGGUGGUGGUGAAGGAGUUGAAAGCUAAUGCAAGUGCUACGGAGCAGAAUGACUUCCUGCAGCAGGGAGAUCCAUACAGAGUGCUGCAGCACCCAAACAUCCUCCAAUGCCUGGGACAGUGUGUUGAGGCCAUUCCCUUCCUACUUGUCUUUGAGUACUGUGAAAUGGGGGAUUUGCGGGGCUACCUGUCUCAGCAGGACUGGAUGUUCAGAAAUGCUGAGUUGCUGCAGCUGCAGAGGAUGGCCUGUGAGAUCGCCGCUGGUGUCACUCACCUUCACAAACACAACUUCCUGCACAGCGAUUUGGCUCUGAGGAACUGCUACCUGACGGGAGAUCUGACGGUCAAAGUGGGAGACUAUGGCAUUGGACCCUACAGAUACAAAGAGGAUUACGUCAUCACAGAGGAUGAUGUGUUUGCACCUCUUCGCUGGUUGGCUCCUGAGCUGGUGGGCGAGCGCCAUGGAGGUGUGAUUACUAUGGAGCAGACCAAGCCCAGCAAUGUGUGGGCCUUGGGAGUCACAUUGUGGGAGCUCUUUGAGAACGCUACCCAGCCGUACCCACAUCUGUCUGACCGGGAGGUUCUCACUCAUGUGAUCAAGGAUCAACAAGUCAAACUCUUUAAGCCACAGCUGGAUCUCCCUUAUUCCGACAGAUGGCAUGAGGUCCUGCAGUUCUGCUGGCUGUCUCCAGACAAGCGGGCCACAGCAGAGGAAGUCCACCGUUUGCUUAUCUACCUGCGCAUGCAAGGCCAGAAGGACAUAGAAGAAGACUUUGACCAACGCUGGGAUGCUCUCAAGCCGAACCCUUCCGCGCGGCAGACCACUGUCAGCCACUCGUCUUACCCGAUCUUGGAACAGUUCGCCGACGAUGCCCUGCGGCAAGAGAUCGACGAAGUUCUUACGGUUACAGAAACGAGCAAAGGUCUCAGCUUUGAGUACGUUUGGGAGGCAGCCAAGCACGACCACUAUGAUGGCAACCAUGGGCGUUCGGGCAUGGACACCACAUUGAACUAUCACAGCAUGUUCUUUCCUGUUUCCAGUGAAGACAUCCAGGCCCAUUUCCCUGAUCCGGUUGCCAGAGCAGCAGGCACAAGAAGUGGUCACACUCCUUCAGGAAUUCCUGGAAUUGUACCAGUGUUUGAUGCACAAAAGCCGUCGAAUGAAAAUGAAUAUUUCAUACAACUAGAAGAACAAGGGGAGAGCACUGUUGGGGAAGAUGGGAAUAGAGGACAAGACAUGGACUUCAGUUCAGGCCGGCAAGACUUUGUUGUUCUCCAAGAUGUCCGUCUGGAUGAGUCUAGUACGGAUGCUGAUUUUUUCCACCAAAGUAUUGACUCCAAGGAUUCCUAUUUACCAGACAGCCAUGUCUGGUCGUCUCUUGAAAAUGACAGUCCGUACCACACCACCAUUUUCACUGACGGGGGGUCCAAGCAAGAGGACUCUCCUUCCUGGAGACGGAGUUUUAUGGAGCUACCAGAGCGCAACGGGAACCCUUUCCUUGAAGGUGCACCUUCAGCCGUCCAGGAGGUGGAUUUAGAUAUAAGCAAUGGGGAUUCUUUUUUAGGGGAUUGUUCAGAAGCCCCUCCUCUGGCGGAUUCUGUGGAAGCGGAGGGGCAGAACACAGAUGAGAAGAGGCUUCUGAACGCUGAAAAACUAGCCGACAACUUUAUGUUUCUCAAAGAACACAGCCUGAUGAAAGACGGACCAAGUUUCUCGAGUCUACAGGAUAAUUUUCUUCUCCCCGGUCGAGCCCACGAACCAGAGGAACGGUUCAAAAUGAGUUCUUGGGACAACAUGGAGAAUUUAGGCAGCUUAUUCUCAGCGGACAAUUAUUUAAAACCUGCAACAUGUAGCACAUCCUCGAGACAGGAACUUUUAGACUCUCCGAGUUACAGCUUGGGGGAGUUAUCUCCGUCUCUGAUAGAAAAUAAAACACUGGUGCCUUUCAUUACAGUGGUCACAGACGAUAACACAAGCAACCAGCUGCCAGCUAGAAAUAGUUCUUCCACAGAAGACCUCGGUCUGCUGCAAUCCUCUCACAGAGGUGCAGACUCUGGUUUUGAUUCUACCUCGGAGAGGUUUGAGGUCAUCGUCGGUCAAACGGAUGGCCACACCCCUGCAAUCUCUGAAAGUGCCACUAUAGACUCGUUGUGCACAGAUGCCAAAAUUCCCAGCCUUGAAGAAGACCUUGGAACCUCAAAGAAUAAUGUUCAGCCCAUAGGAAGUACAAUGCCUGAAAACCUGCAAGUCCAAGCAUUGCCCUCAGACAACGGACACAGCGAAGACCUCACAAGUAACGAUCUGUUGAGUGAGCUAAUCGAGGAUGCAGAUGCAGAACUGGAAUCCACUCUAUCUGACCACGAAGAGUCCUUUAUGGACUCUGAUGGGCGCCCUAUCGUCAGAUCUUCUCUGUUGGUCUCCGGGCCGUCUUUGGACCAGAUCAGCCAGGACAGUUUACUGGAAGACAGCAUGUCCACCACUCUACCAACUAUAGACAAUUCAGCCGAGACACCGGACUCUUUAGACUCUCUUGACAUCCACAGGCUAGGUGAACAAGGAGACGAGCUGAAUGCUCAAUUAGCCCAACACAAACUCCAGCCUCCGUACAAAAUAUCCGACAGCGGGUAUGAGACGGAGAACCUGGAGUCUCCCGAGUGGAACUCUCAGCCGAAUGUUAAAGACCACUCCCCUGUCAAAAACGGCUUGAGUGUUGCCAAAGAAGAAGAAGAAGAGGAGGAGAUGGAGGAGCUCACAGCUGCCACUAAUCUGGUUCCACCAGAAAUCAUCAUCUCUGAAGUAGAGGGUGUGCUGGAUACUCGCAGUGAGGAUCCCGGCGAGGACCAGCAACCAGAUCACGUAGCUUCUGCCGAGGAGCCGUUCAUGGGCAGUAACUACAGAGACUCCGCCUAUUUCUCAGACAACGAAUCAGAACCCGAGAAGAAGUCUGAAGAAACGGUUGCUGCAGGUUCUGGUGAAGUCACGUGGCUGAGGAACUCUACUGAGGCGAUCAGCGCGGCUGCUGGAGGUCCAGCACUGGAGGUCAACGUGGAGAGGGAUGUCCAUUCUUUAUUUUCUCAGCAAGAAUCUUCUGUAGCUGCCGAGGCACAGACCGACAAGGAAGCGCCUCAUGUUGGGGGAACAUUACCGGAGGCAGAUUCAGAUAUUGCAGUGAAAUGCGAGACGGAGGCGGCAGAGUCUCCCAACAGUGAAGAUGAAGAUGUGGAUGUGGAUGUCACAUCUCCUGAUCAACCAGAAGAUCUAGAAACCUCAACUCAACUCCUUCCACAACUUCCUUUUGUUGCCCCUUCAAAGCCAGUGCCGGAGAGCUCGGGUCAUGCUAAGCUAACCAGGACCUACGCGACUGACAUAAAAAUAAGAGAGCCGGACAUGGAAGGGCGUUUCCUGGGGAGGCGGGACGGACAGGAGGACGGCAUGGAUGCGGACGAGGAGGACGAGAACAGCGACGACUCGGACGACGACGUCCGCGGGUACCAGCUGCACAGCUCCAGUUCAGAGAGCGAGGAUGACACGGUGCAUCCGGUGCCACUCAUCGUCUCGGACGACAGUCGUGCAAAGAACCUGAAGAGCUUGUUGAAACCCACAUCGCUCAACGUCCAGGCCUCGUCGUCCCCGUUUCCUGAGAGUUGCGAUGCAGAUCACUCCAGAAGAGCCGUGUCGUUCUUCGACGAUGUCACCGUCUACCUGUUUGACCAGGAGACCCCCACCAAGGAACUGGGUGACCACUCCUCAGGCUCACGCAAUCAGGCUCCAGAGUUCAGCAGCCCGGUGUCCACUGCCAGCUACCUGAACCGCUUCACCAACUCCGAAAGCUCCACUGAUGAAGAAGGUGGUGGUUUUGAGUGGGAUGAUGAUUUCUCGCCCGGCUUCCUGCCCAAGACGGAUAAAGACGCCGUAUCAAAGACGAUGUCCUCAUCGGCAGCAUCUCGCUUUUCGUCUUCGCCGCCUGCAGCAGGGGGGCGCGUGCUGGAGCCCAGCUGGUCCGGCUCCUCAAACUACUCCCGUUUCUCCAUCUCCCCGGCCAGCAUCGCUAGCUUUUCCCUCACGCAUCUCACCGACUCAGACAUCGAACAAGGAGGAAGCAGUGAAGAUGGAGAAAAGGACUAGUGUGAUACAUUAUCAUCACACUAUUGGAAAAAUGAAGCUAAACUCGCACUUUUUAAGAAUGGAGAACGGCUGAACAAGGACAAAUCACGCGGUUUGCCCCACAAACCCGCGGAACGCUUC